CUGGAUUAAAUAGAAUCGGGGUGAUAAAACUUCGAGUGAACAGUACCUUCCAUGGCGUGGGACUGGCGGCGAAGGCUAUGAAUUGGCGACUGGGCAGUCGGCGCUGGGUAGUGGGACUGCCGGAGAUGGCUCUCGGCGAAUUGGCGAUGGCUGGGACUGACGACGAAGGCUCUCGGCGAAUCCUUCGCUCUCGAACAACACUGGCGCGAUGGCGAUUAAGGUUGGAUAAGGAUCUUUCGCCUGCUUCGAUCGAAAUCGCCGUCAUCGUCCUCGCUCCACUUUCUUAUUCGAUUCGCAGACAUGGGUUACGACGGCAAGGCGGAAGAGUCCGACCGGCGACGAUCUACAGAGGCGAUGACGGGGAGCGUUCUGGGAACCUCGAACCAGCGAGCUCCGACGACGUUUGGCCAAAUCCGAGCAUCAACUCCAGUGAAUUCUUCUCUGGCAAAUCAGAAACGCGACAGCGCUCAAUCCAACGACGAGUUCCGGCAGCGACGCUGGUGACUGACCAGAGUGGACUAACAACAAUUUCUGCCGGCAACCCCCUGUCCAGCGACCUCUGUUCCGGCGAAGUCCAGCAGCUCGGGCAGAGUAACAGCCAGCAUCCAGUGGCGGCGGAGAGCCAGUAACUCUCCGGCAAACUGACAACCGUGGUCACCCAGCAACUCCGGCGACCUCCGGUCCAUGAAGGUGAGGUUCGGGCAUUGAAUUUUGACCAUGGACAGUGAGGAUGAGAUCGAGCAGCAACGAUGACAGAUCCGGGCGGGCUUGGGCAGUGACGGGCUUGCUUGGGCAGCGAUACCGGACUGUGCGUGACGCCGUCUACACUCCGUUCGGGUCAAGUUCUCUCUCUUACCAUCUAGGUGACCAUUCCCACACUAUGAAAGAAUCACUUUGUUCAUCGCGCUCCCCCUCAUCCAAGGUUUUUGUCAAGUACACCAAAGCCUUCGGGUUAUUGUCAUCAGCACCUCUGCCGACAAAAAAUAAGAGGCCAUAGAACAUUUUGGUGUUGAUUCUUUCUUGAUCAGUUGUGACCCUGAAUAAAUGCAGGUAAGUUAU